AUGUCGAGCUACUGUCGUGAACACGUUGAUUCUCUCCUGUGCCGUUUCCUCCGGCGGAAUAUGCUCUCUAUGGCGAUCCUGUCUUCUAUGUUUUCAGAAACUGCAAAAAGGCUUAGGCGUGUUGGACUCGCAGAUUCAACAGAAAUCCUUUGGGGACCCUCGCCUUCAUUUGUUGGUUGCAAUACUGCGAAUCACAUCUUUAAGGACAAAGAAUGGUGCACUUUCCACUCUCAUCUGCUGGAUGGUGUAACCUACACAGCUUCUUCUGCACCUAACACCUCUGGUUGGAAGCGCAUUAAUGCUUCUGGUGCAUUUAUGUUUGAUUAG